AUGCGACGUAAUUUAGUUCCUGAAGAGUUUGAUUAUAGACACACUACGACUGUCCAGAAGCUGAGAAUAUGCAAUAGAAAGAUGGCUUCCCAACAAUUUUCACUAAAAUGGCAUUCACAUUGCCAGCAUUUAGCGAAUUCUUUUAACGUUUUACGAUCAGAGGACGAAUUUCUCACAGAUGUUACGCUUUGUUGCGAUGGAAAACGAUUGAGAGCUCACAAAAUCAUUCUCAGUGUUUGUAGUACUUAUUUUCGUGAAACGUUUAUGGAAAAUCCUUGUAAACAUCCAGUGGUAAUUUUCAAAAAUGUAAAGUUUGACGAUCUCGCCAACAUUGUUGAGUUUAUGUAUAAGGGAGAAGUUUCCAUCAGUCAAGAUUCAUUGUCAUCAUUUCUUCAUGUAGCUGAAAUGUUACAAGUUCGAGGGUUAUCAGAAAAUCAGGAGAUUGUACCUGAAAAAUCACUCAUAGCGACACCAGUUACUCAAUCCGAGUCGCUCUUUUCAGUGUUGUCGGUGCCUGAAGGCAACAAAAUCUUACUUGCCACUCCACAAAAUAUCUCCAACAACCAGCAACAAAAUACCAACAACAUUAUUAAAACAUCUCCCAUUAAAAUUGAAAACCAAACAGUUCAAACCAUCAAAAACGUAGUGUUUGAUCAAUCAGGAAUUGGUACAAAACGCAAACGUUUCACCAUAAAAGAAACUCGACCAGCAAAAGUCCCCGCCAUUAAUUCGAAUUCUACAGCAACGACAACCCAACAAUUUAUUACUGAAGCUGUUGAGAACAGUUUCGGUAAACAAGAGACAGUGAUUGUAGAUGAAAAUGGAAAGGAAUCAGUAUUUGAGGAAGUUGAGUAUUUAACAAUGAAGUCAGGAAUGCCGGAAUGUAAUUAUGUCGUCAGUGCAAUAGAAAACGCUGAACAAAGUCAGGAUAACAUGGAAGAAAUGACAUUAAUGCAGGAAACAUUUGAGAUUAUCGAAGAAGGAAAGCAGCAAAUGGCAGAUGAUGUUGGUAAUGACACAACUGGUGAUGAACAAGCAGAAACAAUGGCGACGGGUGAUGGUGAUACAAAAACGGACGAGAAAUCAGGUGAAGAAGCGAACAGUAAAUGGACACAAUGUCAGUAUUGUAAGUUGGUCAUAACGUCAGUGAAUCUCUGGAGGCAUGUUCGAACACAGCACACAUCUCAACCGCCAAGAAAAUGCGAAUAUUGUAAGAAAACAUUUAAGAACAAAUACAGUUUACGUGAACAUGUGAGAAUAUCUCAUGAGAGUAAACAGAACGCUACAAAAACCGAAGGGGAUUCUGACGAACAACAACAAACGACAACAACAGCGGUCACGACAACAACCACAACGCAACCAGAGCAAACCACAGCUAAAGUUAUUUAUCUCGAGAAAUUGUAAGCUUCCUCCAAGGUAAGCAGCCAUGAAUCAUUAGCAGAUUUAGCAAAAAGAAAGAAAAAUGGACAAACAAGUACAAGAUCAUUUAAUUAUUUAAAGAAAUAUUUCUCAUCUCAAAUGAGUUAAAAAAAAAGCAAAAAGAAAAUCGCGAAAAGUUUCUGUUUUUCUUUUAUGUCAUGAAAUUAUUAGAAAAAUAUAAAAGAAGGAAGAAGAAUAGUUAAAGAGAAAAACUAAUACCCGUAACUAGUAGAUAAGGCCCAUCUUUAAUUUAUUUUAAUCAUUCGAAAAAGCUCGUCGCUGUCAUCAUUAUUAAAAUUCUGUUUGUAGGAUGUUCUGUGAAGAAAGUAAAUUUCUUUAGAUUUUAAGGAAAACAUUCUUAACCAUGACUUCAUAAAAUAAAAGAAAACAGCACGAGUAAGCCAUAUGUGUGUGACGUUGAUUGUAGUUUUAUGACAAGAUAGAUAAACAUUGAUGUUCGUUUUUCUCUCAUCUCAAUUUAUAAGACUUUUUACCUUCUCAGCAGCACUUUGCGAUUAUUGAUUAAUGAUUACGAUUAGAAAAAGGAAAACUUUUCAUCGUGAGUGAUGAUUUGUUUGAAUCUUCAAUAUUUGAGCACACAGUAAAGUAAAAAAAUUAAAUCUUAAAAGACAUAAAUUCGAUUUCUCUUAAAUGUGAAAAACAAAUUUCAAUUAACUUUGUAAAUGUGUAACUUUUCGUUCCCAUUUUUAUUUCUUUAUUCGUGAGUUUCUCUUGAGUAGCGUCAAUGUGUGCAAAUAAUUAUUUAAAUCAAAUAUAUAAGAAUA